UUUUCUUUUUUCCUUUUUUUUUUCUCCUCAGUUAUUGACGCGACCCAUUAAUAUCAUGGUGGAAUUAAUCGAUAUGCAAACUCAAGUUACUUCACAAAUACGUAGGAAAAGGUUAAAGUUUUAUCGCAAUUCAGCUCAGGUGUUCCGAUUAUUGCACGGUAUCUAUUCAACAGAGGAGGAGGAAACUUUGGACAAACUACGGAAUUUGAACUCAUCUUCAAGUUUGGAUGCCUUUGUCGACGUUUAUACAACUCUUUUACACGACUACUGUGAUGAUAUUAAAUAUGACAAAGGUGAAGAAGCAAAGAAAGAACGUCUUGUUUAUCAACAAAUGACUGUGAUAUGGCAACUGUUACAAAUUCUCUUCUUUUCUCAAGUCAGUAGAAGUAGAAGCUGUUGUUAUGGUGCUAAACUUAUGACAUGGUUGAAUAACCUUGAUAGACGUUCAUUAUUACAAUUCGACAUUCAAGGUGUUUUCAAUUCCUCUAUACCCUCACAUCACUCUUCUUUUUGGUCAAUGGUUUACAAGUUGACAUUACGUGGACAAGUAGACAUUUUACAACAACUAUUUGGUGUGGCUAUUCAAAAAGUCGAUGAUCCUUAUGAAAAAUCCAUUCUACAAAAUCUAAACAGACUUAUGCAAACAUUUCCAUUGAUAACGACAAAUAACGAACUAGACAAGUACCUAUCAAUUGGACAGUGGCGUGACAAUGCGACUAAUAGUAUUCGGGAAUUAGGCGUUUUUGCGAAAUUACGACCAACACCAGUUUCUCAUGCAAUAACAGUUUUACGUAUCAUGUCAGGCGAUACCACUUCCAUUUACCAACAAUCAAAUAGUGUGAUCGAAGCUAUUGUGUCUAACAUUUACUAUUAUAAUUCAGACGACGAUCAAGGAUCAAUUACAAUUGAAACAAUCAAGACAUUGACUCAGCAAAUGAUUGAACUUGGAUAUAAAAACAAUAAUCUGGAUCAACAUGUGGCAUUAUUGGCACUUUUAAAAGGGAAUAUGUACGAAGCUUUGGAACAAUGCGCUCAAUUAGAUUGGUGGUUACUUGCUCAUAUGACAGAUAUACUUGAUAUAUAUUCAUUACAAAGGCAACAAGAUGGAUUAGCAGGCGAUAUGUUUGGUGGGGAACCAUUGUAUCUACAUCUCGGUGGUGAACGUCAAAUGACUAAAAUGGAAACAAGAGUCUUCUUUAUAUUGACUUUUGCCAACAAAUUAGUGAUGGAAGAAGAUAUGUGGAAAUUAGCUUUUGAUUAUAUGGGUACAUGUGGAAUGAUAGGAAGAUCAGAUAUCAGCAAGGCCAUUGACAAAAUACCAUUGACGAAUGAUCAUACUACGUUACAAAUAGCUGAAUAUUGUACAAGAAAUGGUCUCCUUGAAAAGCGACAAUGUAUUUAUCAGACGAUGGCAGAUCAAUUAGUUAAAAAUCAUUCUUAUCUUGCAGCAAUUCGAUAUUAUUGUUUAGCUGGGAAAUAUGAUUGUAUUGAAGAUAUGUUCAAGACACUUUUAUGGCGAUAUGGACAAACACGACAAUUAAUAUGUUUUGAUGAAUUGGAUCCCUUAUACUUGAAUCGUUGCAAUGGACCUCAAGCUCGUUUUUACUUUGAACUUUGUAAAAUCAACUCUUUAUUCAAGAAUGACAAAUUGGAAAAAGCUAGGGAUGUCAUUGUUCAUUUACUUCUUUCUGAAGAAUCACCGAUGUAUUUUUUACCUAUUUUAUUUGCAGAAAGUAUCACAGUAAUGGAACAAUGUUGUAUUGAAAUAUCAACUCAAGUGAUCAAUGAAUUGGAUGUUCGACUUUCUCAGGUGGUGACCUUAGAUAAUCAAGAAGGUAUUUUACUGUUACGAAGUUACCUUGGACGAACAGAAGAUGAUGUCAACAUCAACAAAGAUCUUGUAGAUAGUUUACUUGAAAUUUAUAGAUUGGUACUUUAUAGAUCAUUAUCAUCUUAGGAUGUCAAUAAAAAGAAAAUGAUUAUUUUUGUUUUAUA